UCCUGCCGCGGCCGCGGGACGCGCCGCCCGCGGGCACGGAGCGCGGCGGCGGCGGCGGGCGGAGCGGGGCGCGCCCGCCCCAUGCACCGGAGCCAUGAGGGCGGGCAGCCCCGGGGCCCGGGCCGCCGCGCCCCGGCCGGCGCCGAGGCGGGCAAGGCGGUUUAUAUAGGGUGCCCCGCGCUCGCCCGGCGCAUGGAGCCGCAGCCUCCCUCUCCCGCUCUCUCCCGCAAGGUGAUGCCGCCGGAGCCGCUGCCCAAGGGGAGCGCCCGCUGCCUCGACCCGCACGCCCGCGCCAUGUCUCAACCCGACGGGGAGCCGCUGCCCGGCGGCCUGGAGAAGGAGGACGCCCGCUCGGCGCCCAGCACCCCGUCCACGCCGUCCGUCUGCUCGCCGCCGUCCUCCUCCUCCUCGUCCACGCCGUCGGCCGGCAAGAACGUGUGCUCCAGCUGCGGGCUGGAGAUCCUCGACCGGUACCUGCUCAAGGUGAACAACCUCAUCUGGCAUGUCCGCUGCCUCGAGUGCUCCGUGUGCCGCACCUCGCUGCGGCAGCAGCACAGCUGCUACAUCAAGAACAAGGAGAUCUUCUGCAAGAUGGACUACUUCAGCCGGUUUGGUACCAAGUGCGCCCGCUGCGGCAGGCAGAUCUACGCCAGCGACUGGGUGCGGCGGGCGCGGGGCAACGCCUACCACCUCGCCUGCUUCGCCUGCUUCUCCUGCAAGCGGCAGCUCUCCACCGGCGAGGAGUUCGGCUUGGUGGAGGAGAAGGUGCUGUGCCGGAUCCACUACGACACCAUGAUAGAGAACCUCAAGCGAGCGGCGGAAAACGGCAACGGGAUCACGCUGGAGGGGGCCGUGCCCUCGGAGCAGGACAGCCAGCCGAAGCCGGCCAAGAGGGCGCGCACCUCCUUCACCGCCGAGCAGCUGCAGGUCAUGCAGGCACAGUUUGCUCAGGACAACAACCCCGACGCACAAACGCUUCAGAAACUCGCAGAUAUGACGGGGCUGAGUCGGAGAGUCAUUCAGGUUUGGUUUCAAAACUGCAGAGCCCGCCAUAAAAAACACACGCCCCAGCACACGGUGCCGCCCUCGGGGGCCCCCCCGUCCCGCAUCCCCUCCUCGCUCCCCGAGGACAUCCACUACUCGCCCUUCAGCAGCCCGGAGCGGGCCCGGAUGGUGACGCUGCACGGAUACAUAGAGAGUCAGGUACAGUGUGGACAAGUGCACUGUAGACUUCCCUACACUGCUCCACCAGUGCACCUCAAAGCAGACAUGGAAGGACCACUAUCUAAUAGGGGUGAGAAGGUCAUCCUCUUUCAGUACUGACUGCGCGAGCUCUUCCUCAUCUGCCCACGGCGCUACCAGCACCACUGCCCCUCAGUCGCUGAAACAGCGUCCAGCCCGAGGCAACUGUUCUCAGUCAUGCAGGAGAAACUCAGAUCCAGCACUCUCAGUUGUUCCCAUUGACCAGCAUCUAACAUCCACUAUUAUUUCUCCAGCAACACUCUGUGUAUGUGUGUGUCGAGUGCAGAGUUGCAUUUUUCACUUGUUUCUUGUGGACUUGUAGAAUGACAGUGAGUCUCUCCAAGGCAAUGCCAGACACAGCCAAAAUUAGUGACUCUGCUGUGCUUACAAAUCCUGCUCCCCAGUCACGGGAAUAUGAACAGAUCAGUUCACGCUGAGUCACAGGGGGUUCGAUGAUCACCUAUGAAUAUAGAGAAAGGAGGAAUUUACGUGGUUUGGCCUGAUUCUCUUUUUGCACCAGUGAAGCAGUGUUGGUUCCCGGACGUCCCUCCUUAUUUACACUUGCAUGUGUGAAAUCCGAAAUGGGCUCUUUGGCUCAGCAACUCAAUAUACACACAGGACUCCUGAGCCAAAGCCGCAGGUAGCUGCGGCUCCACUAAGUGGAAAACAUGAUGCCAGCUGGAAAUAGGCAGUUUUCCUUCCUCCUCAAAGUGCUUUAGAAUCACAUGUCCUUUGAUCACUCUGUAAGGUAAGUAAACCUUAGUGUUUCCCCCCCUCAUUUUGUAGGGGGGGAAACGGAGAUGUCCUGAACCGAAAGGAGCGGUGGGGGUUGGUGGCAGAGCCAGGUUUAGCACUCUGAAGGUUUUGAUUGCUGACUUGUUCUCAGAGCACUGAAUAUCUCUCUCCUCUCACAGCCAUCUGCCAAAUCUUUCAUUGUUGUUUUUAUUAUUAGUCUCAUUUUUUAUUAACAAGCUACUUUAUUUCCGUGGAGUCAUGUUGGAUCACAAAUGGGUGAUUUCAAAGUGUACCUACACAAAACUUAGGCACUCCAUACACUGGGCCUGGGGAAUCCUUAAAGGAAUCUGAUCGUAAAUGCGUAGAAAAGUCUUGCCCUGGUACGGGCCCCAGGAGAGGGACCCAGUGCCAUGCUCAGUGCUUGCUGAGAGCAGCAGGGGAGGAACCCAGGGGCAGGCAGGGAGGUGCAGCCGGCAGUAAGGCCGGCAGGAGCAGUCCUGGCUGAGUGGCAGCAAGGUGACGGCGUAUUCCUUUGUCUGGCAGCGCCCGAUUACCUCUGCCCUUGCCUUGUUCCCCCCUCCUGGAGCACGACCGUUGCUUCUGCCAUGGCUGGGAUGGAGGUGCAGCCCCAGCCGGCUGCUCACAGAGGAGCGGGCGAUGCGGGGCUCACCCUCAGAGGCAGGCUCACUGCAACAACAAAGGAAGUACUCGGUCCUCUGGCCCCAAAUCAGGAAAAAGCCUCUGAAAUGAUACUUCAUUGACCGUAAGAACAAAAGUAAACAGCUAGCGUUUGCCAGCCCUUCUCAGCUUGCACCAAGCCACGAGCAGGCCGAUAACAAAACCUCUCUCCACAUGAGCGCACGGGUCUGUCUUGCUGCUCGGUGUCUGCGCGGCAUUUCCAAGAAUGUGAAAGCCUACCAUGAGCCACAGUUAGUGCGUGACGUGACUGAUACACGUGUUUUUCUCUCGGGGAGAUCCAUCUCCAGCAGCCCUUGGUGGCUGAGCCGGGCGGGUGGCACCGGGCCGGGCCUGCUGGGUGCUGGUGGCCCUGGACAGUCACCAUGGGCUGCUCAGGGACUUGUGUGAGGAGACACGGAUAUCUGCCGAGGUGGCCACCGAGAUCUCUUGAUCUGAGGGAUAACCAAAUGCAAGCACACGCUGAUACGUGUUGGAACAAAUACAUACAAACCUCUGCGUGUGUAUGUAUGUAAAGCAGGGAGAGUGAUGGUAGUGUUCGGACAGUGAGGCCAGUAUUCUACCUGCAGCUAGCAGCUCUACCUCCAUUUUAAAACAGCAUUUGGAAGGAGGGAGGAAAUUAGGUCCGUAAAGUAUUAUUGUCACCUCCUGACACACCAAUAACCACUUCCAGCGUGUGGCCCACCACAAGGGACUCCCGCACGCUGUGGCCUGGCAGCAACCACCGCUCCAAAGUGUCUCUGUGGGGCAGGAACGGUCACAAGCUCCCAUUCCUGUCGCUUUUCUCCCUGUCUGUAGCGAUGAGCGAAAGGACUGGCAGACCUUUUGUUGGCUGUGAGUGCUGCUUCCCGGCAUGGAUGGCUGCGGGGUGUACGUGGUGUGCUGUGUCCGCGUGAAACGGCCUUCAGAUGCUGGGGGUGGUCGGCGGGGUCACCAGGGCCCCACUUUCUUCUCCGUUUGUGCUUGCGCAUUGGAAUGAUUGUUUAGUUGUGGACUUAGUGCUAUAAACUAAUGGGUAGCUGUCCAAUUUAAGGCUGAAGGAGAGACCUCAGGCUGUAACUUGACCUGACAUCCCCCAGUACUUGAGAUUUCCACAACUGUUUUGCUGAGGGAGAAAACGGUCUGUUGCAUUUAUCUUCUGUCUCAGCAGUGCAGUGAAAGGGAGGCUAUUAACUAUGUAUCUGCUAAAUAUCAGCUUAGUCACUGACCAAGAGAACCACUUGUGAAAUGUACUGUAUGUCAAAGUUUUUGUAGCUGAUACCACGGACGGGACCAGCAUGCGAAGCGCAGGGUAACGCGGAGGUCUCUCCCCGGCCGCGCUGUGCUCACAGCGACCUGCACCGCACAGACCCUGCCCGAGGGCAGCUCCCCCGUAAGUAGCCAGGAGCAGCUUUGCUAAUUCAGAAAUCAGGCUCUGUUCAUAUUAAGCCCAAAUUGUUUGCAAAAACUGGAAGCAAUUCAGCUUGUGCAGUUUUAGAGCUAAUUAUGUGUAUGGAAAAUACUCAACUCUACCAAGAAUGUAAGAAAUUCUCUAAUUUAUUCAAUACGUUGUUUCACAAUAUAUUUCACACUGACUGUUGCCACUGAACCAAACCUUAUCUCAGGUCAUUUGCAUUCAUCUCCUGUCUGUAGAUUUAAAAAAAAAAAAAGAAAAGAAAAAGUAAAACUCAUUCUCAUUUUCUUCGUUUAUUCAGUAAUUGCCAAAUAAGUCCUGGUGCAGCAAUGCAGACUCCAUGUAUUAAACUUUUCCAGUUGCUAUUUACAAAAACUUUUGCAGACAAAAUCUGGUGAAGAUAGGCAGUGAAAGGCUUUUCACUCGAUUUUAAUAAGGUAACUAAAUAUAGUGAGGGUCUGAAAGUGGAAUGGUUUACAAUUUUAUUGCUUUUUUUUUUUUUUUUCUUUUGGCUCACGCUGGUUAACCCCAAUGCCCUAGCUAAAGGUGCUUACACAACUUACUAGUUGGGACGGGGGAGUGGGAAUCAAUCCUGCACUACUAUCAGUGAUAUAUCUGUAGGAUGCCAACUAUAGACACAUCGGUUUUAUUUCAUCAGCCAAUCAUUUUGUUGUAGCAUGUUGCAAUUAUGCAUGUCUUGGCUACAAUGGUUAAAAAAUUCUCUAAAUGAAUGGACAGUCAAGACUAAUAUUUAUUUUAAAAAUUAAAACUAAAUUGUAAGCACUUUUUUGUAAAACCAAUGUCUGUUUUGUUACAUACUUUUAAUGUUGUGCUUUGUAAAUGUCUUAUUUGUGUAAUAAAUAAAGUUAAUGCAAGUAGAA